AUGUUUCGGUUAGUUCGCGGUACUUUAGCAGCUCCUAGAUUAUUGCAAAUUGUUCGCACCGGCGAAUUUCAUCAGGCAACGGUCGCAUUCAAGAAAAAGGGACACGAGAAGAAGAAAGUGCACAAUCCGAAUCUCACGUCAUUUUCCGGCGAUGACAAUCCGGUGAUUCAGGAGACGACAAAAGAGAUGCAAAGGAUUCAAGAAAUUCUCGGCGAAGAACUUGCUCGCCAUUUUUCGCCGAAAAUCGACAUUCGAUCUUUCGAGGAAGUGAUGGUCAAGCUUGAAACCGGAAAAGAAAAACCGCUUUCGCACAUCGCUCGAGUGUCUCUCAAAUCGCCAUUAAUGGUCAUGAUCAACUUUCAAGACAAUCCGACGGCGAUUAAAGCCGCCAAAUUGGCGCUUCAAAAAUCGAAUUUGAGUGUGACGCCGCAACAAGAAGGCGUCGUGCUCUACGUGAAUGUGCCGCCGAUGAGCAAACAGCGGCGAGAGCAAAUGGCCGCCGAGGCAAAAGGGCGAAUUCUCAACGAGUACAAAAAAGCAUUGAACGAGGUAUAUUCGAAAAGCGACAAAAAAUCGUCGCAAGAGUUCGCGACGAGACCCGACGAAGCGCGCAAAACGCGUCAGGCGCUUUUAAAUCUGAAACACGCCGCCGAGCAACGCGGACUGCAGCUCAUCGACUCGAAGCGCCAAGAGCUUCUCAAACAAAUCGUUUAG